CACACAUAUAUAUCAAGAUCCGCUUUUUCUUUUUUUAUUUUAAUAUACCUGAUUUAUUUAUUGAAAUGGUUCUGCAAGAACACAAUUCUGCAGAAAGUAUACACGAAGAACGUCGUUCAUAUGAUCACCUAGAAGAAGAAGCACCUAUGCUAAUGAAUAUUAUACCAAGAGAAAGUACAUUUAUUCGUGGUGCAAACGUUACUUGUCAAAUUAUAUUUCUAACACUAUGCUUGGCGGGACUUCAAUUUACAUGGACAGUUGAAAUGGCCUAUGGUACGCCAUACUUGUUAUCAUUAGGUUUAUCAAAGACAUAUAUGUCACUAGUUUGGAUUGCAGGACCAUUAUCAGGUUUGGUUAUGCAGCCGAUCGUAGGAGUUAUUUCUGACAGCUGUACAUCAAAAUGGGGAAAACGACGUCCAUUUUUAUUGGGAGGAAGCAUCAUGGUCGUAUUGAGUCUGUUAUUUAUUGGAUGGACAAGAGAGAUUACAGCAUUACUCGUACAGUCACAAGAAGGCGAUACAUUUAAAACGGUGUCGAUCAUUAUUGCUAUUGGCUCGAUAUAUCUUUUGGAUUUUAGUAUUAACUGUGUACAAGCUUCAUGUCGAGCCUUAAUCGUUGAUUCACUUCCUUCAGCUCAACAAGAGAAUGCGACAGCUUGGGCAGGCAGGAUGGUAGGUUUGGGGAAUGUAGCUGGUUAUUUCAUGGGAUAUAUUGAUUUGGUAAAGUAUUUCCCAUUUUUUGGAAAUACACAGCUUAAGGUUCUAUGUAUCUUGGCCAUUAUUAUCCUUUUACUAUGCGAUUUUGUUACAUGUUACACUGUAAGAGAAAAGGCACUUGAUAAAAGCACAAGUUUACCAAAGAGAAGAUCACCGUUCAAGCUAUUUUCAGACAUCUUUAGAAACAUUUGGCACUUGCCUAAACCAAUUCAACGUAUCUGUAAUGUGCAGUUCUUUUCCUGGAUUGGCUGGUUUCCAUUCUUAUUUUAUUCUACAACGUGGGUUGCUGAGAUCUACAGUGAUUCGCAACUAGAGGGAUCAAAUCCUGAAGAAGAUAAAGUAGGACAGGCCACUCGAGCAGGAUCAUUUGCAUUCCUUGUCUAUUCUCUCAUUUCGUUAUCCUCAUCGUUUCUAAUACCACUACUUGUAUCAUCCUCUGAUAGGAAUGCUAACAAGAACGAGUAUACCAUUCAUCUAUACAACAACACACAACUCAAGCUCGACUUUUUAAAAUAUGUAAAGAUACCAUUCUUGACGCUACCUCGGUCGUGGACAAUCAGCCAUUUUAUCUUUUGUAUAUGUAUGCUAUCCACCUUCUUUGUAGGAGAUGUUACUGCCGCCGCAGUUGUCAUUGGCUUAUGUGGCAUCAGUUGGGCAAUCACAAUGUGGGCACCUUUUUCCUUGUUGGGCGAAUAUAUCUCAGAGCAGGAAGCUGAAAAAGACCCAGAAAACGUUGUCUUUGGCAAUUCUCAAAUGAUGGCAUCACGGGUUAGUCUUAAUAUUGCCCGAAGCAAUGUGGUGGGGCCUGAGCCAGGCAUGUACCAACCGAUCAUGACAACCGAUGAUGAAGACGAAGAGGAUAUUGAAAUGACUGGUAUCAAAGAGUCUCAUCGAACGGGUGAAUCAAGCGGAGAAGCUGCAGAUCAAAAGAAGUCCUCAACAUCAGCAGGUGUAUUGCUUGGUAUUCAUAAUAUGUAUAUAGUCUUGCCUCAGUUUCUUGUUACCUUCUUUAGUAGUCUUGUAUUUCGAUUACUGGAGAAUGGUAAAGAAGGACAAGCAUCUACGGAUACAAUUGGUGUGAUUUUAAGAAUAGGAGGCAUAAUGGCUGGUGUUGCUGGCUUUUUAAGCUUAAAGAUAGGCAAGCCGUGAUAUCUGUAAAUAUUUUGUAUAAUAUUAAGACAUAGCCUGAAAUAUAUUUUGCUAUUGUUUAAAGAUACAAU